GUGAGAGGUCAGCUGAGCUCUGAUCGCCCGGGCGACAAUGGCGGGGCUCUUGGUAGGGACAUUCGCGCUGGUCGCGGCCGGACGGCGGGGGCGGCGGCCCCCUCCUCAGCUGAUGCGGAGCGCGGCGCUGUGGACCCUGAAGCAUGCUCCACACUAUUCAGAACGGUGCUUAAUAGUGUCCCGUUGUCUCAGUUCAGUGGGAUAUGAUCCUAAUGAAAAAACUUUUGAUAAAAUACUUAUUGCUAAUAGAGGAGAAAUUGCAUGUAGGGUUAUUAAAACUUGUAAGAAGAUGGGCAUUAAGACGGUUGCCAUCCACAGUGAUGUUGAUGCUAGUUCUGUUCACGUGAAAAUGGCGGAUGAGGCCGUCUGUGUUGGCCCAGCUCCCACCAGUAAAAGCUACCUCAACAUGGAUGCCAUCAUGGAAGCCAUUAAGAAAACCAGGGCCCAAGCUGUACAUCCAGGUUAUGGAUUCCUUUCAGAAAACAAAGAAUUUGCCAAGUGUUUGGCAGCAGAAGAUGUUAUUUUCAUUGGACCUGACACACAUGCUAUUCAAGCCAUGGGUGACAAGAUUGAAAGCAAAUUAUUAGCCAAGAAAGCAAAGGUUAACACAAUCCCUGGCUUUGAUGGGGUAGUAAAGGAUGCAGAUGAAGCUGUCAGAAUUGCAAGGGAAAUUGGCUACCCGGUCAUGAUCAAGGCCUCAGCAGGCGGUGGCGGGAAAGGCAUGCGCGUCGCUUGGAAUGAUGAGGAGACCAGGGAGGGGUUUAGAUUUUCAUCUCAAGAAGCUGCUUCUAGCUUUGGUGAUGAUCGACUACUAAUAGAAAAAUUUAUUGAUAACCCUCGUCAUAUAGAAAUCCAGGUUUUAGGUGAUAAACAUGGAAAUGCUUUGUGGCUUAAUGAAAGAGAGUGCUCAGUUCAGAGAAGAAACCAGAAGGUGGUGGAGGAAGCACCAAGCAUUUUUCUGGAUCCGGAGACUCGAAGAGCCAUGGGAGAACAAGCUGUGGCUCUUGCCAGAGCAGUGAAGUACUCCUCAGCUGGAACCGUGGAGUUCCUGGUGGACUCCAGGAAGAACUUCUACUUCCUAGAAAUGAAUACGAGACUGCAGGUUGAGCAUCCUGUCACAGAAUGCAUCACUGGCCUGGACCUAGUCCAAGAAAUGAUCCGUGUUGCUAAGGGUUACCCGCUCAGGCACAAACAAGCUGAUAUUCCCAUCAAUGGCUGGGCCGUGGAAUGCCGGGUUUACGCUGAGGACCCCUACAAGUCUUUUGGUUUACCGUCUAUUGGGAGAUUGUCUCAGUACCAAGAGCCGAUACGUCUACCUGGUGUCCGGGUUGACAGUGGCAUCCAACCAGGAAGUGAUAUCAGCAUUUAUUAUGAUCCUAUGAUUUCAAAAUUAAUCACCUAUGGCUCUGAUAGAACGGAAGCCCUGAAGAGGAUGGAGGACGCACUGGAUAAUUAUGUUAUUCGAGGUGUUACACAUAAUAUCGCAUUACUUCGAGAGGUGAUAAUCAAUUCACGCUUUGUAAAAGGAGACAUCAGUACUAAAUUUCUGUCGGAUGUAUAUCCUGAUGGCUUUAAAGGACAUGUGUUAACAGAGAAUGAGACACACCAGCUAUUGGCAAUUGCAUCAUCGUUGUUUGUGGCAUCCCAGUUACGAGCCCAACAUUUUCAAGACCAUUCAAGAAUGCCUGUUAUUAAGCCAGACGUGGCUAAGUGGGAGCUCUCCGUAAAAUUACACAAUGAAGAUCACACUGUCAUAGCAUCAAGCAGUGGCUCAGCAUUCUCUGUGGAAGUUGAUGGCUCGAAACUAAAUGUGACCAGUACGUGGAACUUGGCUUCGCCCUUAUUGUCUGUCAACGUUGAUGGCACUCAGAGGACUGUGCAGUGUCUUUCUCGAGAAGCUGGUGGACACAUGAGCAUUCAGUUUCUUGGCACAGUGUACAAGGUACGUGUUUUAACCAAACUCGCUGCAGAAUUGAACAAGUUUAUGCUGGAAAAAGUGGCUGAGGACACAAGCAGCAUCCUGCGUUCCCCGAUGCCUGGAGUGGUGGUGGCUGUCUCCGUCAAGCCAGGGGACAUGGUAUCAGAAGGGCAGGAAAUUUGUGUGAUUGAAGCCAUGAAAAUGCAGAACAGUAUGGCGGCCGGGAAGACUGGCAAGGUGAAGUUGGUGCACUGUAAAGCUGGAGACACAGUCGGAGAAGGGGAUCUGCUCGUGGAGCUGGAAUGAAGUAUUUAUAGCCUUUCAGGCAUCACCCGACUUAAUUAGCCAUUUGUAUUAUUCUCUCACACUCGAUUUAGUCAAGUGUUUCACGGGAACACUUCUGUGCAGCCGGAUCUACAUCUCGUAUUUAUUCCACAGAAGAGUCAAAACCAACAUUCUGCCAAAAAAAUCACCAAUGGAAAUUUGUAUUGAUAUAAACAAUUAUACAUAUGAUUUGUACUUCUGUGAGAUUUCCUAGUGUCAAAAUUAAAUCAAUAAAACGAAGCAUUUGUCUAAA